AUGCCUCCGAAAUCGCGUGUUAGGCGGGGUGUGGCAGGAAAUCGGGGAGGUCGUGGCCGUGGUCGUGGCCGUGGGGUGCCACCGGAGGAUGAGGUUAGUCAGCAUGGGGAGAACCCAGGUAGGAAUCCGGGGGCUGGGGCCGGUAGGGGUGCAGGAAUACCACCCAAUCAAACUCAAUUUGCUAGGGAUCUUGUCGCAGCACUUACAGCUGCAAAUCUGUUCAACCAAGCUCCUAGAGAAAAUGCAGACAACCGAGCCUUAUCCGCAAUGCGAGAAUUUAGCCGUAGGAAUCCACCGACGUUUGAUGGGACAAGUAGUGAUCCUCUUGUGGCCGAUCAUUGGUUAGCACAAAUCCGUAAACUUUUCAAUGCUCUUAAGAUUACCGAAGACGAUUUACGAGUGAAUAUCGUGGCUGUUCAACUUACCGGGGAAGCCAAUGAGUGGUGGGAGUCUGUCCUAGAAUCUAGGAAGGAUGCGAGGAGAGCGACAAGGACCGUAGCUCAAGUAAAUGAACCGGAUGUUGAAAAUUUGACGUGGGCCGAGUUUGAGACAUUAUUUGAGGAACAAUACUUUCCAGAGACUAGUCGUGAGCAGUUGAGAGAUCAGUUUGAGAAGUUGGAGCAGGGGGGUAUGACCGUGUCGGAAUACGCUCAAAAGUUUCAGUCUUUAUCUCGAUUUGCGCCAGAGUUGGUGGCGACGGAGGAAAGGAAAUGUAGACGUUUUGAGAAAGGGCUUCAUAAUACCGUGAGGAGAAUGGUAAUGGUGCAACGUAAGACAAAAUACGCCGAGGUUGUUGAGUGUGCGAGAAGUAUUGAAAUACCAAAGGAAGCACAGAGGAAUAGGGGAGUUUGGGAACCGAGGCAACAAGUUGUGAGUGUGAGUUCAUCGUCAGGAAGCUUUGGGAGUCAAGGACGGAAGAGACAGAGGGAACCAUCUCAGCAACCAUCUAACCAAUCCAACUUUAGGGUACCUUCUUCUUCAGGGACUCGGGGUGCUUUGUCUAGACCUCCGUCUGUGUGCUACAAGUGCAAUCAACCUGGACACGUUCGUGCUCAGUGUCCACAUCUCCAGAAGGCUUGUUAUGUUUGUGGGAAGAUGGAUCAUCUCGCUAGGAAUUGUCCUCAGGGGUCGAUAGUGCAAAGUGAGUCGGGUUCCGUGCAGCAGCCGGGAACGGGGUAUAAUGUUGGCCAACAGUUUAGGGGCACUCAGAGGCAGCAACAACCUCACUUCCGCCAGACUACGUCGGUUCAGAGUUCCGGGGGUGACAAGGGAGCGAGUUCUUCCGCGCCUACUCAGGGUUCUGGUCAGAGGGGAGGUUUUGCACAAGGUCAGAGUACCCAGGGGCGUGUUUUCAACAUCAACUCGAAUGCUUCACCUUCUAUUUCUCAGGUUCCAGAAGCAUCCGUUCGUCGAGUUCGUAUUUGUCCUCUUGAGGGUCCUUGUUUCCAAUUCUUUGGGGAGCGUCGGGAGCCGUUGGAACCGUAUCUAUGUGGGUCUCGAGAGCGCGAGUCAAUUUAUUCCUUGUUGGCGAGUUUGACGUUAGAUGAAGAUUUGUCGACACGUGGGGAGUUACCUUUAGUAGUUCGCGAAUUUCCCGAUGUUUUUCCUGAAGAGUUACCUGGUUUACCUCCUGAAAGAGAGAUUGAAUUCGUUAUCGAUUUACUACCCGGUACCGCUCCUAUCUCUAUACCUCCGUAUCGUUUCGCGCCAGCCGAAUUGAGAGAGUUGAAGACUCAGUUGCAGGAAUUGGAGAACUUAGGAUUCAUUCGUCCGAGUACGUCACCGUGGGGAGCACCGGCUCUUUUUGCGCAAAAGAAGGAUGGUUCACUCCGCUUGUGUAUCGAUUAUCGUAAGCUAAACCGAGUCACCAUUAAGAAUAAGUAUCCCAUGCCUAGAAUCGAUGAUUUGUUUGAUCAACUUCGGGGUGCGACCUGUUUUUCCAAAAUUGAUUUGAGGUCCGGUUACCACCAGUUGAGGGUUCGGAGAGAGGAUAUUCCUAAGACCGCAUUCCGCACUCGUUAUGGCCAUUACGAAUUCGUUGUUAUGCCUUUCGGAUUGACGAACGCUCCAGCUACAUUCAUGGACUUAAUGAAUCGUAUCUUUCGUGCAUACCUUGAUCGUUUUGUGGUUGUAUUCGUCGAUGAUAUCCUUAUCUAUUCGCCAACGGAGGAGAAACACCAAUCGCAUCUCACCAUUGUUCUUGAAAUCUUAAGGGAGCACCAAUUGUACGCCAAGCUUAGUAAGUGUGAGUUUUGCAGCGCCAAUGACUAG